UCGAUUGGCCACGAGCUGAAUCUUCGUUCUUUGCGGGAACUGUGCUUGGCCAUUACGAAUGCAAGUGAGAAUCGAAUAUUCUAUUCAGGCAAAAAAGCUCCUGCACUUACUCCUGCUACGAACUUACUUACCAGGAUAUCGGAAAUUCUCGCACCGUUGGGCAAUCGCCCUCUAGUUCAUCAAAUGCUAAUCUGGCCAAUAGUUUGUGCUCAUUUUGUGCAGGUGGCUUCCUGCCCAGACGAGUCUCGUGUCGGAGUCACAGCGCUAUCGGAUGUGAUCUCCAAUCUUUUACUGUCGGAAUCUCAAGGGCUGUGCUUCAAUCAGAUGUUGAUUGCACCUUUUCAGGCAAUCAUCUGCUCGGACACAUGUUCACCAGAAACACGAGAACAAAUUGUAGCAGCUUUGGCAGAUUUUGUGAAGACAAAAUCGGAACGGAUUGGGUCAGGUUGGAAAACCCUUUUCGGCACUUUACGGGCUCUGCGAACAUCAGAAGUCGAUGGUGAUAGCGUUCACUGGACGGUGCUCGAUGUCAUAGCAACUUAUCUUAGGAUCGACAAUUCUGUGCUAUCCUGGUCCCUACCAGACUGUCUGCUCUCUGCUGCAGAUUCGAAGCCAGUAGAAGAUCAACUUAGUGAAGCCGCUCUGCGACUUGUGAAUCCCACCUAUACUGUGAUAUUAAACCUUUUCAAAACGCCACAUAUACCCAAUCCGAAUCUCUUACACAAUUUUAGAGCCGAACUUCGCGCCGUUUGCCUUGAUGAGGUUGAAACCGACAAUGAUCCCUCACCCCUUCAAGGAACUUUACCCUGGGAAGGUUUACUCCCAUCUGAAGUGGCUUCGUUGGAAUUAUUGCUUUCCUUCGUGGAGCAUUUGGCCGGCACUUUGGUCACGGCACCGCUGUAUAUUCAACCAUCUUUACUAGUUUCCGUACAACAACUCAUUAACACCAUUAAAGGUCUAAAAACAGCCUGCUUCUGUCUCUCGACCCUCCUUUUACCCCAUGUACAAAAAUGGAUGAGAAGAAUACCAAAGAAUGAGGAGAAAGCAGAUGCUGUCGGAAUUUGCACACAAAUGGUUGCAGACAUUUUUGCAUUGGAACAGAGUAAGGCAUUUUGGUCCUUCUCCUCCCUCCCUGUCCCCAUAAAAGGAUAA